CUUCGUCCCUGCAAAGUUUGAAUGCACACACUGCUUCGUGUAUCAGAGAAGGCGAAAAUUCCAAAGGAACCGCCUUUUAUGAUGCCGAGCGUGAACUCUGAUAUGGGGGAUGGGGAUUCGGAGCCAUUCAUUGAGGUGGAUCCAUCGGGCAGGUAUGGCCGCUACAGCGAGCUUCUAGGCUGUGGUGCAGUGAAGAAGGUGUACCGAGCCUUUGAUCAAGAGGAAGGGAUAGAGGUGGCUUGGAAUCAGGUGAAAUUGAGGAAUUUCUGUGAAGAUAAGGCGAUGAUCGAUCGGCUAUACUCGGAGGUUCGGUUGCUGAGGACUCUGAAGAACAAGAACAUCAUUGCUCUGUACAAUGUGUGGAGGGACGAUGAUCGCAACACAUUGAAUUUCAUCACUGAAGUGUGCACCUCUGGGAAUCUGAGAGAGUAUCGGAAGAAGCACAAACAAGUCUCGACCAAGGCAUUGAAGAAGUGGUCCAAGCAGAUUCUUAAGGGUUUGAACUAUUUGCACACGAACGAGCCUUGUGUAAUUCACAGAGAUCUCAACUGUAGCAAUGUUUUCAUCAAUGGCAACAUUGGUCAGGUGAAGAUUGGUGAUUUGGGUUUGGCUGCAAUAGUGGGGAAGAACCACUCGGCACAUUCAAUGCUCGGGACACCAGAGUUCAUGGCGCCCGAGCUAUACGAUGAGGAUUAUACAGAGUCAAUUGAUAUAUAUUCGUUCGGAAUGUGCUUGCUUGAGUUGGUGACACUGGAAUUACCUUACAGCGAGUGUGACAGCGUUGCCAAGAUUUAUAAAAAGGUGACUUCUGGUGUGAGGCCUCAGGCCAUGAACAGGGUCAAGGACCCAGAGGUGAAGGCCUUCAUCGAGAAGUGCCUUGCUCGGCCGAGGGCGAGGCCCUCCGCUUCGGAUCUCCUCAACGACCCCUUCUUCGAUGAGAUCAGGGACAAUGAUGAUGACGAAAAUGGUGACAACAUUUGAUUGUGAUUGUUGAUUGUGGAUGCUAUUAUUUGAUUUGAAUUUUUUUUUUUUUAGUUGGUAGUUUGAUCAUGAUAUUGGAGGGAGAUAUGGGGGAGGGUGGCUUGUGGAUUUGAAAUUUUUGUAUUUUUUUUGGGUUGAAUUGUUGAUACCAACUAAUUGAGGCAAGAUUCGGGGGAGUGAAUGUUUUUUAGGCCUUGUUUUGUAGAUAGAAUGAUUGCACUUUUUUUUUUGGAAAGUAAUUACAUACAAUUUUAAUUUCUCAAAAGAUUGAGAUAUAUAAUAUAUGUACACAAAAUUUCUUUUGAUAAUGAAUGACAGCUUUUAAAUAAGUAGCAAAAAGUAAAAA